UGGCCGUAGUCGCAUUAGCGCUGACCUCCGGGGAUCGGAUUAGUUCAUGUUUAAUGCAAUCUGACAGACCACCGCUUGUGACUGAGAGAGAGCGAGAGAGGGAUGAGGAAAGAAAGACGAACGGUUAUGUAAGACUCGCAGCAGCGUCUGAGCGGGGGGAGGAGGGCGUUAGCCGCGCAGCGCCGUGGCGAAGAGCGCCGCUCUUUCUCACCGGAGGACCGGGAGGCGCCGAUGCUCUGCAUCCGCAGCUUUGUGUUGUCAUGGGGGAGGUGCGGCUCCUCUGCAGGCUAUGGGCGGAUGAGGGGGACGUGAGCAGGGACUUCGGCGCAAAGGGCUGGUCGCGUCGUGAGUGGGGGCAGGGGAGACGCUCCUGCCCCAGAGGCAUUCUGCGCGCCCCCCCUACUCCCGCCUGUUUGCACAGGAGAUGCCGGGGAGAGACUCCGUCAAAGUGGCCGUUCGGGUUCGACCUUUCAACAAGAGGGAGAGGGAUGCCGGUAGCCAAUGCAUCAUCACCAUGAGCUCCAGCACCACCACCAUCCAGGACCCGCGCAACCAGCAAGCCCGCCGUACUUUUACCUUCGACUACGCCUACUGGUCCCACAGCAGCUUCGCCAGGAACAAGGACGGCCUCUACGUCCCCGAGGAGCCCGGCGGCCGCUACGCGGACCAGGGCCACGUAUUUCAGGAUCUGGGGCAGGGUAUCCUAGAUAACGCCCUGCAGGGGUACAACGCCACCCUGCUCGCGUAUGGACAGACGGGUUCAGGCAAGAGCUACUCUAUGGUCGGGUACGGGCCCAACAAAGGCCUGGUGCCCACACUCUGUGAUAGGCUGUUCCAGGCAGUGAGGACCAAUCAGGACAAUCGGCAGUGCCAGAUCUUUUUCAGUAUGUUGGAAAUCUACAAUGAACAGGUGAUUGACCUGCUGUCCCGGGGCACUGGUUCACGUCCCCCGGGGGGGCUGAAGGUUCGGGAGGAGCAGCAGCGGGGGUUCUACGUGGAGGGCCUGAGGAGGGUGCCCUGCGAGAGCUCCGCCCAGGUGGCGCAGCUGAUGGAGCAGGGCACCCGCACCCGCACCACCGCCUCCACCCACAUGAACGCCAGCAGCAGCCGCUCGCACAUGCUCAUCGUCCUGCAGCUCAAGCAGAUCUUCUCCAAAGAGAACAUCACCAAGCAGUCCAACAUUAACCUGGUGGACCUGGCGGGCAGUGAGAGGCAGAGGUCAUCGGGGUCCGAGGCCGACCGGCUGAAGGAGGGAACCGCCAUCAACCUCAGCCUGACCACGCUGGGCAACGUCAUCAGCUCCCUGGCAGAUGUGGCCCUGGGGAAGCGGGUGGUUCAUGUCCCGUACCGAAACUCGGUCCUCACCAAGCUGCUGCAGUCCGCCCUCGGGGGGAACAGCCGCACCGUCAUGAUUGCUACUCUGAGCCCCGCAGAUAUCUGCUAUGAGGAGUCUCUGUCUACCUUGCGCUUUGCAGAAAGGGCCAAGCGCAUCCAGAACCGGGCGGUGGUGAACGAGAGCCCCACAGAGCGGCUCAUCAAGGAGCUGAAGGCCGAGAACGCCAAGCUGCUGCUGAGGCUGAGCCGGCUGGGCCAGGAGGGCCGCCAGGGGGAGGACGAGACCAAGGAGCUGAGACGCUUGCUGACCCACAACGAGCUGCAGAUUCAGGCGAUCCAGACCCUUUGGGAACAGCACUUACAAGAGGCACUGAAGGAUUUGGAACAGCAAUAUGCUACUAUUACACAGGAGCGGAGGAUGAUGGACAUGCACCCUUACAUCCUGAAUGUGAAUGAGGAUCCCCAGCUCUCAGGAGUGGUGAAGCUCUUCAUUCAGGAGGGUGAAUGGGACAUUGGGCUGUCAGAUACCUCACCAAAGGCAAUCACAAUCAAAGGACUUGGCAUUCGGGAGAAGCACGCGGUGUUCGCCAACCGGGAGCGCCGGGUCUCCCUCAGUCCCGAGCCUGGGGCAAAGGUCACAGUGAACGGAAGCCCUGUCACCCAGACCACCCACCUGCAGCACCUGGAUCGCCUGAUCCUGGGCUCAAACAGCACCUACCUGUUCAUCGGCUUCCCUUCCGAGCGCUGCGGGGAAGACUGGAGUCGCUACGACUACGACUACUUCCAAUCAGAGCUGGCGGCUGCUGAGGGUUUCCACGUGCACUCGCUGAGCGCGGAGAACCUGGGAGACAACAGUGCAAUGCAGAGCCAAGCUGACCCCAGCUUGCUGGCUGUGUUCUACGACUACAUCAAACUGAUGCCAAUGGUGGCAGAGGCCAAUCAGAUGAGCCAGGAGCUCCACAAAGGAGUUCAGUUCAAGCUGGAGAUAAAAAAUCUUGCGAUCUCCGAUUCCAAAGGUCACGACCUGGAGAAGGAGGUUGCCGUCAGGGUCACAGCACAGGAGAACAAACAGGUGUGGGCGUGGUCCAAAACCAAGUUCAUCAACCGCAAGUUCCUGAUGGAGGAGCUGUACCAGGAGUGGCUGGAGAAGGGGGAGGGGGGCAGCCGUUCCCCCCUGCCCCGGGAAAGGGACCCAUUUUGGGAUCCUCUGGAGCCCAUCCACCUGGGCAGUGCCCACCUGUGGCUGCAGUCACUGGCCUUCCGGAUUCCCCUGGAGGAGCAGGUGGAGGUGCUGGGGUCAGAAGGCACAGAAGAGGCCAUACUGCAGACUCGACUGGUGCCCUGCAGCCCAACAGGACUGCCCCUGGGGGAGGAGGACAUCCUGAUCGACCCCACAGAGCUGCUGGGGAAGAGGCUGGACUUCACCCUGGUGGUGGAGCAGUGCUGCGGCCUCCGCUGGCUCAGAGACGCCCGGGACCGGGGCGUGCAGAUCGGGUUCCGCGUGUAUGACAGCCCCACAACCUUUUACACUCCCGCAGUCUGGCAUGACACCAACCCGCAGCUGGACCACAGCAUGCGGUUCACCAUGGCAACUGUCACCCAGGACUUCCUUAGCUACCUGCAGACCAACGCGCUGGUGCUGGAGCUGUGGGGCCUUCAGGCUGGCUGUGCUGAAAUGAGCUCCUCGCUGGAGGACGUGAGGAUGACGAUGGAGGAGAGCGUUGCCAUUGGCGACACCACUUCCUUGGAGCCCGCUGUGGGGCAAGAGCCACAGCACAGCCUUGUUUCAGACCUGAGCUCCACUAUCAGAGUGCUGCAGUUGGACUUGGAUCAGCUGAAGAAGACCAACUCUUCCCUGAGGAAGGAGAACAGUGCGCUGAGAGACCAGCUCAACACCCCCGCCAGAGAGGGUCCAGAGGCCAAUCGGGGCAGGCCGGAGAGACGGGGCAGUCUGAGACCCAGCUGUGAUGCAGAGUUUGCCAGGGCGCUCAAGGUCUUCUAUCACAGCAUGAACUCAGUCCGGGGCCAGCUACAGCGGCUUCGUAGACACAAGCCCAGUGAAGAGGCGGACCUCCCGGGCCUGAGGGAGUUUGUGGAGGAACAGGGGCGCCUGCUGCGGGAUUUCGGGGAACAGCUGGAGCACAGCGUCACCACGCUGAAGCAGGACGUGGCCGCCAUCGUCCGCAGGAAGCGGGAGCGCUCGGGGAUUUGGUCCUGACACCACGUGCCGAACUCCGGGGUGAGGAGUUCAACUCAGCCACCACACCCCAUUUUCCCUACAUCUCUCUAGAGUGGUAAUGUCCGGCCUGGUUUCGGGCUGUGGGCCUCCACGAGCUUCAGUUGCUCACACCUCCAUUUUGUAUUUUCAUUACCCUGACUUUCAGGACAGCACAGACAAGCACGCGGUCUCCUCCAAAGCAGGUUUGCCAGUUUUUGAACGGGAACACGCUUUUUCGGGCUGCUGGCGCAGGACUGCACAUGCCCAAUCGACGUGUGGAUGGGCAAUGCGACGGAAUGCAGGUGGAUCCUGCAGAUGGGAACUCGUCGUCCCGGAGCGAAGCAACCCGACACAUCCGCGCACUGGAACCGUGCCCAGCGGGCUGUGCAGUCAUACUCCCAUUUCCUUAAUUUCACUUCCUCCCAUCAUGCUUCCUCUAUGAGAGGGAUGGGCAAUCCUGCAGCUGGAGGGCUGCCGCGUAUGAAAGUUCUUCUUUCCACCAGUUACCCUAACUAAAAAAAGCUAACUGGCUGUAUACAUCAACAAUGGUUCAAUCGUAAAUUAUAUCACAGUAAAACGUUUCGUAUAGAGACACAAGAACAGUCUUCGGCUGUCAUUCACGCGCUUAUCAAGAAAUGUAGCUAAAGAUGUCAGAUGGUGUAAAUGGUGUGGCUAAUUAAGUAAUUACGGCCAGAAGUUGGCAUUAAAACCAGAAGCAGAUACAGCCCUCAUUACCCACCUCUGCUCUAUGAUCUAUUUUGCUUUUAUUGAAGUGCUUAUAUUUUCUCUGUUAAAGUUUUACCUUAUUGUUUUAUGGUCUUUUAUCUAAAAGCUAUUUGAGCACCUAGUAUUAAUACAUAUGAGAGAAAGAAGUGCAUUUGUGGUUCGAUAAUAAUCCAUAAUAAAAUAAAAAUAAAUAAAAAUAAGUACCAGAAUGAUAUAAAAACUGACAUUUAUAUUUAUAAUCGUGAAUAAAUGCUUAAUCCAUGCAUCAAUAAGUUACAUAAAUCUUUCUGUCCAGCCUGUUUUCAUGUCCUGUGAUGAAUAAAACAUUUUUCAUACA